AUGGCCUCCAGUACCAAGGACUUCGACUCCGGCUCUGGAAAGGAGCUUGACAUAAGCCUUGAGGUCUCCAACAUCGCAGGGAACGCUUCCCCGGACAUCAAGGCAUUUGUAGCGAAUCCCUUGUGGAUAGCGAACUCGGAGACCAGCUUUGCGAUAAAAAUCGCGAAAAACAUCGUGGUAACCGAGGUUUCCAUCCUUCCGAAGAACGAGGAGCCGCUGAAGAAGGAAGCGAGGGUGGUGUGCGAGAUGGCUGUAACAGAAGAUAUGCUUAAUGGGGGAGGGAAGAUCCACGGGGGGUGCUCUGCGACUUUGGUGGAUAUCUGCACUUCGUACGCUCUUAUCGCGUACAAUAUGGCCGUGAUCGGGGAGGCGACGCCUUCCGUUUCACAAGCCAUUAACAUGGUGUAUCACUCGCCUGCAGACUUAGGAGACAAACUCAAGAUUGUCAAUACAACCAUGUCGGUCGGCGCACGGGCUAUGUCCGCCCGUUGUGAGAUAUGGAAUGCUAGUCAACAUAGACUUGUUGCUUCUGGUACUCACAUCACCAUGCAACCCUCAUUGCCAAAGUCAAAGCUAUGA